AUGAAGUCUCUCCUCUGGAUCGCCAUCUGGGGUGCGUCAUCCAAAUCCCAAAAAUACACGACAUUGAAGAGAUUAAAAGUUGAAGGUCACGUCUUGGUCCGCUUUGAAAGAAGCAGACGAGGAACCCCAAAAUCAACGGAGCUUCCAGAGCAAAUUCUCAUCUUCGACAUACAGUUCAAUCGGAGCCUGAAAAUAUAUACUAUUGCGAGCGUCCAGAACAGCAUUCCCCCAUGGCAUGACCUUGACUCAGAGCCGGACUUCACGUUACAGAAUGAGACUUCCACACGGGGCGACUUUGUGACUGUCAAGCUCUACGAUAAAAGCGAUUCGGAUGGCGACAUCGCGCACAUUGACGAUGUCAAGGCUCUCCCGAGCCCGGAUCAACGAAAGCUUGUGCUUCUUAGUUGGGUCUACCCUUACAAUGGGACAUACCAUGGGAGCAAUUAUAUGCAGAUUGUUCUGUGGGAUACCAUCGGCAGUCACGCAGCUACGGAACAAGUGCAAGGUAUCUGCCACGACCAGUUUUAUAAUGCCUGCGGAGGGGUCAAACUUUGUGGUAAAAAGCAAGCGGACGUGUGGCAGAAAAGAAAAGAUGAAAAAACUCAACUUCGCCGGGGGCGAGCCCUUCCUCUACCCCAAGUUCUUGGGCAGUCUGGUGGACUAUUGAAAGGAUACCCUGAAGCUGCACUCCAUCUCCAUCGUCACAAACGGCAGCUUGGUCAUCAAGGCAUUCCUGUCGAAGCAUGGACAUCAAAUUGA